AUGCCUCAGUGGUGUGCUGUACCAUACUGUUCAUCAGCCAAAGGUGGUCAUAGAUUUCCAUGCGAUAAAUCUCGGUCACAAAAAUGGAUAACAGCUAUACGGAGAGAAGACUUUAUCCCAUCAAAACAUGCAGUAGUUUGCAAAAAUCAUUUCACUCCUGAAGACUAUGCGUUACCAAAGGAUCCAACGUAUCCAAAUCCAACUCCUCGUCUGAAAAAAGAGGCAGUGCCAAGUGUGUUUCCGUGGAAUAGUUCUAAACUUAAUGAUAAACUAAAGAUCGAACGCCAUCAAAAAUUAAUUAGAAGACGACUAAAGAGAGAAGAACAAGAAAAGAAAAACCAGAAGGCCCAAAACCGUAGCAUAGAAAAAAUAGAGUAUGUUGAAGUGGAAAUUGAAAGUAUGUCCAAGGAUAUAGGAAUUCAGUGCUCUAUAGGUGACCCAUGUUGUAAUAACAAAAUAGGCUUCAUGAAAAACAACCACAGCAUUAUUCAGAAAAAUGCAUCAGAAGUAUAG